AAGACAAAUCCUGGCCAGUCCAAGAUAACGAGCGCCUGCCUCUGCCCUUCAACAUCCAGAGAGGAAAGCUCGGCCAAUCAUUCGCUCCACCUGGACCGUACGAUCGUUCGCCUCGAUCAUCACUUACCGUCGGAAACCGACGGUCCAGAUCUCGCACCAGAGCUCGCGCGAAACAUGUGAGUUGGCUCCCCUCUCCUCGCCUCUCCCUUCCAUCCACCGAGCUGGACUUUUAUCACUGCAGAGGGUCAGCUUGAUACUGCGAUCUCCAUCGGAAUCGCGUGUUUGACUCGCAACCCUAAUCGGCGAGGGCAUUGCCGGGUCAAAUCGGUUCCCGUUGGAUUGAUUCCUCCCUUCCCUGCGUCUUGAUUCAGCUGCGGGAAUCCCCUGCCCUGGACGAGCAGAAGAAUGACGUACGCUUACCAUGUUAUCAAUCACUCUAGAAAGUUGCGAAAUGUUGCUGCCCUACUAAGACAAGAGCAUUCUGCUUCAAUUAGGUGGUUUUCAAAUAGCACUCGUACAUUGGUCUGUAGAAAUGAAGAUACUGUGGGAAUUCAUCAACAUGGUUAUGUAUCUGCACAGAGACAGUUUGUUUCUAGGCAUGCCACUUAUAGCACUAUGUCAUUAUCCACAUUUAAGAAGAAUGAAUGUGGGGUGAUGGUGGGAAAAAUGGAUAGGUCGAUUUCAUUUUCACUUUUGAACAGGUCACACAAGCAUUUGAGUAGGGGUUAUUCUUCUGACUCAGGCCUCCCUCCACAUCAAGAAAUUGGGAUGCCUUCACUUUCACCUACAAUGACAGAGGGUAAUAUUGCAAGAUGGUUGAAAAAAGAGGGCGAGAAGGUUACUCCCGGCGAAGUUCUCUGCGAAGUGGAGACAGAUAAGGCGACGGUGGAGAUGGAGUGCAUGGAAGAAGGCUAUCUUGCCAAGAUAAUAAAGGGUGAUGGGUCCAAAGAAAUUAAAGUUGGUGAGGUCAUUGCUAUCACUGUUGAAGAGGAAGAGGAUAUAGAGAAGUUUAAAGAUUAUACCCCCUCAGCAUCAGAUGCAAAGCCUGUAGCUACACCCGAACCUGCCCCUCCCAAACCUGAAGUGGCCCAGGAACCUCCAAGUGCGCCAGCACCAGAAUCAAAAGUUUCCGAACCCGGUUCUGCUCCUGCUGGGGAUCGUAUAUUUGCUAGUCCUCUUGCCCGAAAAUUGGCUGAAGAUAAUAAUGUUAAAAUUUCAAGUAUUAAAGGAACAGGGCCUGAUGGACUCAUUGUGAAGGCUGAUGUUGAAGAUUAUUUGGCUUCACGUGGUAAGGAAGUACCGGCUGGAGCUCCUAAGACUAAGGUUGGAGCAGCUCCAGACUUGGAUUAUACAGAUAUCCCACAUUCACAAAUCAGAAAGAUCACUGCUUCGCGGUUGUUGUUCUCAAAGCAAACUAUACCCCAUUAUUACUUGACAGUGGAUACAUGUGUCGACAGACUUAUGGAAUUGCGUAGCCAGCUAAAUCAAUUACAAGAGAGCUCUGGUGGUAAGCGGAUAUCAGUCAAUGAUCUGGUCAUAAAGGCUGCUGCUUUGGCUCUUCGUAAAGUUCCUCAAUGUAACAGUUCAUGGACUGAUGACUACAUCCGCCAGUAUCACAAUGUAAAUAUCAAUGUUGCUGUGCAAACAGAUAAUGGGCUAUAUGUCCCUGUUAUAAGGGAUGCAGACAAAAAAGGUUUAUCUAAGAUUUCCGAAGAGGUCAAGAACUUGGCACAAAAAGCUAAGGAUAACAGCUUGAAACCUGAGGAUUAUGAGGGAGGCACAUUUACAGUAUCCAACUUGGGAGGCCCGUUUGGUGUAAAACAAUUCUGUGCUAUCAUUAACCCUCCUCAAGCGGGCAUUCUUGCUGUUGGGUCAGCGGAGAAGAAAGUUGUACCAGGUGCAGGAUCUGACCAGUACAAGUUCGCAUCCUUCAUGUCGGUGACUCUAAGUUGCGAUCAUCGUGUAAUAGAUGGUGCUAUAGGUGCGGAGUGGUUGAAGGCAUUCAAGGGCUACAUCGAGAAUCCUGAGUCUAUGCUGCUCUAAGGCUUCUGCAAUGUCUACACAUCUUUCUAACAUUCUUUCUUUUGCCUUCCCGAGAAUGUCGGCACUAUUCAAAGUUCACCAGAGUUUUGCUUUCCUCUGGUGGUUGUGGGAUGUAACGUUUGGCUUCUUUUUGUCCUACCUGGUGUUUUUGCUCAUCGACACAGAGCUCGGGUUUUGCUUUCGAAUAAAUGUCACGGUGAGGGGAUUUUGGCUGUGAGGAACUGGAAAUGUGAAAAUAGAAAGUCGAUUUUUUUGAUUCCCAA